GCAGAGCGGUUAUGAACAUGGCGAUGAUGAUAAAUGCUUUCCCCGACCAUGAAAGGAAGCGAAAUGGAUAUUGUAGGUAUUUUGCACGAGGCGAAUGCCGUUCUGGUAAUGACUGUAAAUUUUCUCAUGAUCCUGACGACAUUCCAAUUUGUAGAUACUUCAUGGAAGACAGAUGUCAUUUUGGUGCAGAGUGUUGGUACAGGCACCCAGGAGAAGAAGAAAACAUGUUUGAUAUGAGCCCUAUCGCAGCUAUUCUAGGUAACACAURUGUUCUCAUUUUGCCUCUUGAUAAGAGUGAAACUCUAGAGGAAUUUUCUGACAUGCUCAAAGAGUAUAGUAUCAAAGACUGGUCGCCAGAGGACAUCUUCAAACUGAUAACAACUCUUGUGCAAAUUGAUGUUAAAGUUUAUGAUGAAUAUGACUUCAUUACAAGCAAGAUCCUAGGUGAUGUGCUACGACUUUGGAAACCAGAAUCCAUGGAUGUUGCAUCUUUGUUGAUGAUGAUUGUGGAUAAACUUGAUGCUGAUCUUACUGCCCUUAUUUUAACUGUUUGUAACUCACCUACCAAAGUGAAAUYCCUAGAGAAGCACAUUGCUUUGACUAUGAUACAGGCAGAGAAAAAGGACCCUACCAAAUGGGGACCAAAAGCUGUAGGUCAUCUCUUUCAGCAAAUUGAAGAAAAUGGCUUCAAUGUUGAYGCAAUAGAAUUUUUCYACUAYACUGGGAAGGAAUUACAAGAUGCUGAGAAGCUGGGUCAACUUGUCCAUGAUUACUUGGUGGCUACUGCAGAGAAAGAUUCCUUUGAAUGCAGAUGUAAGACGGCUGAGUGUGAAUGCCCAGUUGCAGCAGAUGAAGGUGUUGCAUUCAUCAUAUUUGCAGGAUUGCAGAGGAAGUUAGAGUGGAACGAUGAAGACAAAGUGAAGUUUUUUAAGAAAGCAACUGAUUCACUUUGGAAGCCAGAACUUCUAGCAGAGCUUGGUGAAACCUUUGGAGUGAAAGAACCCUUGAAGAUUGCAACUCCAUUAAAACUGAACACUCACAAGAAUASCCAARUCAACCAUGGACAAGACAUCAGCAAAAAAACAGUCCARAUCCUUCAAAAUGAUAGCAAAGCAAAGAAAUGCCAGGACAAAUUGUGCAACAACCAGAAAAAGAAAGAUUGUGAUAACAUGAUGUGUGGAAGAUGCUGUAGAAAGAGUGGGAAGACAUGCACUGCUCAUGAAGAUCCCUGGRAAAUCUUUAUCCCUCCUCAGUACCAGUCMGGAACACAGYUUUACAAGAUUGAACCCAGCGUCUUCUUCUCCAACAAACAGAAAUUUGAUGAGUUGACUUCAAAUGCUUCUGACAAACAGRUAUGCCGUGUUGGUUUUGACAGUGAGUUUUCUGUAAUGGACCCUGACCUCAUCAAAGUGGUUGACCUGUGGGGCAGUAACUUGGUCGUACUGACUUUAGGAUCCAGUGAUUCUGGAUGUGGUUCACACCUCACUGACAAAGCAAUCCAKCACCUUGCAGAAAAGUGUCCUAARCUGCGCAAACUGAAGCUGGAAUCAGUGACAGGAGCAACUGACAAGGCCAURAUUGACAUYAUUGAKAAAUGCRUCCACCUUGAGGAACUGGAUGUUACAGGAAAUGAUAAGAUCAGUGKAAGACUAACUGACAAAUCCUUGAAGAAGUUGUUUGACGACAAKGUCCUCCCAAAUCUUAAGCAGUUAUGUGUAACAGAUCAGAGUGGUAUUAAUCGUGAUGUUGUCUAUAGGCUGAGACGCAGGCGUCCCAACCUGAAGGUCAUUGCUGGGGAGACGGACAGCGAUAGCUUUGCUCAUUCCAUGGUGUUGUCAAUGAUGGGGCUUGAUUAUGGUGAUGGACUUUACUAAUAAUAAUAAAGAACUUAAAAAUAAAUGUUGCUUAUAUAUACCAACUAAAAAUAGAUAAAUAAUGUUAUUACAAAGCUUCAUAUGUAUAGAUAAAUAAUGUUAUUACAAAGCUUCAUAUGUAUAGAUAAAUAAUGUUAUUACAAAGCUUCAUAUGUAUGGAUAUCAUAUCGUAUGAAAGGUAUAUUUAUUGGCUGAUGUACAUCAUUGAUAAUAGCAAAGAAUUGAUAAGAUUGGUAUAUGUACAAUUGAGAUUUUGUUGUAUUUAACAACAAGAAUAAUAUAAAAAAGUAAUUAACU